GCUUGUUUUUGUGUAAUUUAUUUAUCCAAAUCGUUUGAUGUUCAAAAGCUUCUGAAGCCUUCACCGAGCAGACACACAGACACACAAAACCGACUAACAUCUCCAUAAGAUCUCUCGCUCUCGCUCUAGAUCCAUCAAUGGCGCUCAAUCUUCGUCAAAGACAGACAGAGUGCAUAGCUCGGAUGCUAAAUCUGAAUCAACCUAUAAACGCAAGUGGAACAGCAAACGAAGAAGUUUACAAGAUACUGAUUUAUGACAAGUUCUGUCAAGACAUUCUCUCCCCUCUAAUCCAUGUGAAAGAUCUGCGCAAACAUGGUGUGACCCUCUACUUCCUUAUCGAUAAAAACCGCAAACCUGUCUCUGAUGUUCCUGCUGUUUACUUUGUAAGACCUUCCCAACAAAACAUCGAAAGAAUCAUCUCAGAUGCUUCCAAUUCCGUCUACGAUUACUUCCACCUAAACUUCUCUUCAUCAAUCCCCCGCCCCCUUCUUGAAGACCUUGCUUCCGGAACCCUGAAUUCCGAUUCCAUCCAACGGAUCUCCAAAGUUCAUGACCAGUAUCUGGAGUUUGUAACCCUGGAUGACAAUCUCUUCUCCUUAGCUGAUAAAUCUUGUUACGUCCGGUUAAACGAUCCGAAAGCCACCGAUCGCGAGAUUGAAGAAAUAAUCGAAAAGCUCGUGAGCGGGUUGUUCUGUGUCCUGGCUACACUUGGCGUUGUCCCGAUCAUCCGGUGUCCACGUGGCGGUCCCGCUGAGAUGGUUGCGUCCUUGCUGGACCAGCGGUUACGCGAUCAUUUACUCGUUAAAAACAAUUUAUUUUCCGAAAACGGUAACUUCACAAGCUCCUUUCAGAGACCCGUUUUAUGUUUGUUUGACCGGAACCUCGAGUUAUCAGUUGCCAUCCAACAUGACUUUCGUUACCGACCUCUCGUUCACGAUGUGCUCGGGUUGAGGCUUAACCGGUUAACCAUACAGGGCGGUGGUGCUGGUGGUGGUGGGAUGAAGUCAUAUGAAUUGGACCGGGUCGACCCGUUUUGGGCGGCGAACGGGAAUCUGGAGUUCCCUGAGGUAGCGGUUGAAAUCGAGACACAGUUGAAUAAAUACAAGAAAGACGUGGAAGAAGUGAACCGGCGAACGGGGGGUGGAAACGAUGGAGCGGAAUUCGACGGGACGGAUCUGAUCGGGAACACGAAGCAUUUGAUGAACGCGGUGAACUCGCUGCCCGAACUGACCGAACGGAAACAGACAAUCGAUAAACACACAAACAUCGCGACGGUUUUGCUCGGGGAGAUCAAAGAGCGGUCUCUGGAUUCGUACGCGAAAAAGGAAUACGAAAUGAUGGUGAGAGGCGGAAUCGACCGGGGGGAGCUUUUAUCUGUUCUUAAAGGGAAAGGUAGUAAAACGGAUAAGCUUCGGUUUGCUAUCAUGUUCCUUAUUUCGUCGGAAACCAUCCCUCAGAUAGAAGUGGAAAUGGUUGAAUCCGCGUUGAGAGAAGCGGAGGUGGACACGUGUGCGUUUCAAUACGUGAAAAAGAUGAAAUCGUUAAAUGUUUCGUUAGCAUCUUCUGCGAAUGCUGCUAGCAGAAGCAACAUUGUGGAUUGGGCUGAGAAGCUUUAUGGGCAGUCGAUCAGUGCUGUGACUGCAGGUGUUAAGAAUCUGUUAUCGGGUGAUCAUCAGUUGGCAAUGGCGACAACAGUUGAAGCUUUGAUGGAAGGGAAACCGAAUAAUCCGGAGAUCGAGUCUUACCUGGUGUUGGACCCACGUGCACCCAAAUCGACUUCUGGUCAGAUGAAAGGGCCUUUUAAAGAAGCGAUUGUGUUCAUGAUUGGUGGUGGGAAUUAUGUUGAAUAUGGAAGCUUGCAGGAGCUUGCACGGAGGCAGCAGCAGCCACCUUCUUCUGCUAAACAUAUCAUAUACGGGACAACUGAGAUUCUUACUGGUGCUGAGUUUAUUGAUCAGCUUGCUGUCUUGGGACAAAAGAUGGGUUUGGGUACCACUUCUUCUGCUUCUGCUCCUGUCUAAUCAUGUGACUACAUUUCUGCUAUAUUCUGUUUUUUUUUGGUUUGGUUUGGUUUGGUUGUAGCUAUCUCAUUGUGGAUUUUUCCCGUUUAAAGAAAAAACAAUGAUAACAAGAAAUGAAUGAAUCACUUAUAUUAUAGAUAGAUUUGUUUCUAUCUCUAUGAUAAUAAUCUGUUUGAUAUCGACUGUUGAGUCUCAUAUUGCUGAUGUUACUCUGUCUCGAUGAUUUUGAAACCCAAUUAAACUACAAAACAACUACAUCUUCAAGACCACUAUUGUCAACAUAAUAACCAAGAUAAAAGCAAGCAAGCAAUCCUACAAUAACUUCUAGCAAUGCCUUUUCAUCAUCUACUACUCCAUAUGGCAGGUUUGAGUGAGAUGUCAUGCUUGAUUCUCCUUCAUAUUCUUCGUCAUACCAUUUAAAAAAACCCACAGUUCCCUCCCACCUAUAACAUCAGGGCAAAAUCAACAUUCAUAAAAACCAUACCUUGUAAUUAGGGCAAAAUCAGAGCAAAAUUUCGUUAGGUACUUUUUUUCCCUUGUUCUGGUUUUCUUUGCGUGCAACACCUAUACUACACACAUCUCCAC